GGGGAAGGGACCAUUCUCUCUGAAUCUGUUGAGCUAGAGAUCGUAGCAUGGAUUAAUAGCCUUAGACAGGAGAGGGUACCCGUGUCGCCCCGAAUGCUGACUUUCCAAGCUCAGCAGAUUGCUGUGGAGGCUGGUGUCGCCUCCUUCAGGGCGUCGGACAAGUGGAUCAAGAGCUUCAGAGGUCGCCAUCGC